CAUCCCACUUCCGGGGAGGGAGGCGGAGGAGCCCCUCCCCACAGCCCACCCCUAAGCCCAGCCCUCGGCUCCCACCCUUGUGUACCUGGGCCGAUCCAUUCCUCAGAGCGCACAGGGGGAGGAGUGGCUUGGAGAGCCUCGGUGGGUCCAGCAAGUUCCUCCCCGAAAGCCGAAAGCGUGCACUUCGUCCACGUUGUUUCCGUUCACUAAAACUCCUAGGACGCGGCAGAGUGGCCUUGGAAUAGGGACAAGGAACGGAAGCGGGAAGGGGAGGAGCGUUCACCCCUCCCGGUCUUGGUGCGCGCCGCGCCCCCUACCCUCCUGGUACUUGGCAAAGGACGCACGGGCUCGGCGCGCCCAGACGGCCGUGAUGGCGCUGGUGGCCCGCGGCCUGUCCUGUGGGCUGGGUUCCCACCCGGCCACCGCAGGCCGGGGCGCGGUCGUCUUCGUGUGGCUAUGGCUCAGCACCUGGUGCACAGCCCCUGCCAGCGCCAUCCAGGUGACUGUGUCAAACCCCUACCACGUGGUGAUCCUAUUCCAGCCCGUGACCCUGCCCUGCACCUACCAGAUGACCACGACCCCCACAGUACCCAUUGUGAUCUGGAAGUACAAGUCCUUCUGCCGGGACCGCAUCGCUGAUGCCUUCUCCUCAGCCAGUGUUGACAACCAGCUCAAUGCCCAGCUGGCGGCUGGUAACCCAGGCUAUAACCCCUAUGUGGAGUGCCAGGACAGCGUACGCACCGUCAGGGUUGUGGCCACCAAGCAGGGCAAUGCUGUGACCCUGGGAGACUAUUAUCAGGGCCGGAGGAUCACUAUCACAGGAGAUGCAGACCUGACCUUUGAGCAGACGGCGUGGGGGGACAGUGGUGUGUAUUACUGCUCGGUGGUCUCAGCGCAGGACCUCCAGGGGAACAAUGAGGCCUACGCAGAGCUCAUCGUCCUUGGCAGGACCUCAGGGGUGGCUGAGCUCUUACCUGGUUUUCAGGCGGGGCCCAUGGAAGACUGGCUCUUCGUGGUCGUGGUCUGCCUGGCCGUCUUCCUUUUCUUCCUCCUCCUGAGCAUCUGCUGGUGUCAGUGCUGCCCACACACCUGCUGCUGUUACGUCAGGUGCCCCUGCUGCCCAGACAAGUGCUGUUGCCCAGAGGCCCUGUAUGCUGCUGGCAAAGCAGCCACCUCAGGCGUCCCAAGCAUCUAUGCCCCCAGCACCUACGCCCACCUCUCCCCUGCCAAGACCCCACCCCCGCCAGCCAUGAUUCCCAUGGGCCCUGUCUACAAUGGGUACCCUGGAGACUUCGACAGAAAUAGCUCAGUUGGCGGCCACAGCUCCCAGGUGCCCCUGCUUCGGGACACGGAGAGCAGCAUGACCUCUGAAGUCCGCAGUGGCUACAGGAUUCAAGCCAGCCAGCAGGAUGACUCCAUGCGGGUCCUGUACUACAUGGAGAAAGAGCUGGCCAACUUUGACCCUUCCCGACCUGGCCCCCCCAAUGGCCGUGUGGAGCGUGCCAUGAGUGAAGUCACCUCCCUCCAUGAGGACGACUGGCGAUCUCGACCUUCCCGGGGGGGCCCUGCCCUCACUCCAAUCCGGGAUGAGGAGUGGGAUCGCCACUCCCCCCGGAGUCCCAGGAGAUGGGAGCAGGAGCCCCCUGCGGAGCAGGCAAGGGGUGGCUGGGGAGCCAGGCGGCCCCGGGCCCGCUCAGUGGAUGCUCUGGAUGACCUCACCCGGCCGGGCUCUGCUGAAUCAGGGAGAAGGUCUCCCCCAAGUAGUGGGAGGAGAGGCCGGGCCUACGCACCCCCCCGAAGCCGCAGCCGUGAUGAUCUCUACAACCAAGACGACUCGAGGGACUUUCCACACUCCAGGGAUCCCCACUACGAUGACUUCAGGUCUAGGAACCGCCCUCAUGCUGACCCCAGGUCCCACUACCACCGGUCCCGGGACCCUCAGGACAAUGGCUCCAGGUCCGGGGACCCCCAAUAUGAUGGGCGGCUACUAGAAGAGGCAUUGAGGAAAAAGGGCCCAGGGGAGAGAAGGAGACCUUACAGAGAAGAAGAGGAAGAAGAGGCCUACUACCCUCUGGCGCCUCCCCCUUACUCUGAGACCGACUCCCAGGCAUCACGUGAGCGGAGGCUUAAGAAGAAUUUGGCCCUGAGUCGGGAAAGUUUAGUCGUCUGAUCUCACGUUUUGUAUGUAGGUUUUGUACUUUUUUUAAUUUGAAGGAAUAAUGAUGAAGCAGUUCCCUAAGUCUAAUAAAAUUUGUAAUCACAAGG